AUGCAAAUAUUCGUAAAAGCAUUGACUGGCCAAACAAUAAGUCUAGAUGUAGAUUCAUCUGAUACAAUCGAUGAAGUCAGAACUAAACUCCAAGAUAAAGAAGGUAUUCCUCUAGAUCAACAGAGGCUUAUCUUCGCAGGCAAACAAUUAGAGGAUGGCCGAACGUUAGCUGAUUAUAACGUCCUAAAAGAAUCUACGCUAAAUCUCGCUCUAAGACUGAGAGGAGGAUUUAUGGUAAUUAUAAGACUGUUGAGUCGUUGUAAACAGCAUUGAAUAGAUUUUCUUGAACCUAAAUCCAAAGUCAAAGAUAUAAAACUUAUAAUUGAAGAUAGAGAAGGAUGGCCCCUCGACGAAUUUGUCGUUAUUUUUAAUAGGCGAUUAUUAAGAGAUGAUUUAUGUCUUUCUGAUUGCAAUAUUUGUGAUAUGUCCGAAGUUUAUGUAGCUUUGCUUAGUAAUCAUUAUAUUGAGGAAAUAUGUGAUAAUUUCCAAGAACAGUACAGAAAUUGUCUUAACUAA